AUGGUGCAGGUCAAGUUUGAAUGUGAGCUGCUCAUACUCGGUGCUGGCUGGACGUCAACCUUUCUCAUCCCACUCCUACGAGACGAGAAGGUAGGAUAUGCCGCCACGUCUACUACUGGCAGAUCCAGCACGAUCAAGUUCAUCUUUGAACCUGACGCCAGCGACUCAACUGCAUUCAAAGUCCUCCCGGAGGCACGAACUAUUCUCGUCACCUUUCCUCUCCGAGGUACUGGCCAAAGCCAAAAACUUGUAGACUUCUACCAUCAAACGCACACAUCAAGGCCGCAUUACAUUCAGCUAGGCUACACUGGGAUAUGGCGGGGAGACGGUCAGACAGUAUGGCUGGAUCGCCACUCGCCAUACGACACAACGAACGAACGGGCAAUGGCGGAGGAUGAGCUAAUGCAGAAUGGAGGAUGUGUCUUGAAUCUGGCAGGUCUCUGGGGGGGAGAACGAUCAGCACAAAGAUUCGGGCGGCGAGCCGCAUCCACCAAAGAAAAGCUCAAAGGGAAAGGUUCUCUGCAUCUGAUUCAUGGACGAGAUGUUGCUCGAGCAAUCUAUGCGGUUCACAGGGCAUGGCCUGGCGCCAGCAGGUGGAUUUUAACCGACCGAUUUGUCCAUGACUGGUGGGCGCUUCUUGCUGAAUGGGGUUCUGAGGGGGCUGUCGAAGGCGAAGAAGAUGCUACUGGCGAAGCUCUGGUCUGGGUAAGAGAGUUGAUGGAAGAGGAGGGCGUCAAGGCCCUUCCCAGGUCGGUUGAGAAAAUGGGCAGAGCCUACGACUCAACAGAAUUUUGGAACAAGUUCAACUUGAGUCCUGUCAGAGCGAGGCUGUGA